AUGCCCAAGGACCUUACAAUAAUGAAUGCGCCCGAAGAGGUGAUUCAUAGCUUUGAGAACAAGGUCUUUUGGUGUUUCAAGUUCAUUGGACACCAGAAGUUGAAGAAGUUCUGGGAUGUUACUGCGGAGGAUUGCCGUCUCCGAAUCGAAUCUGUAGCCGAACGCCCGGAUGCCUCUGUGACCUACCGAUUCGUGGCGACCCAGGCGAUGUGCGGCCCUCAAAUGCAUCUCCAUGGCGGGUGUACCACUACUCUUGUCGAAAAUCUCACGAGCUUGCUGAUUGUGGCUGCCUCCACGCCGGACCGAUUCUCAGAUUCGGGCGUUAGCCGCAAUAUGCGCAUGACCUACCUGCAUCCUCUCCCGCUGGGCGCUGAGAUCCGGACAGUCUGUCGCAUAGUUCACUUGGGCAGACGUAUGGCGUUAACAAGGGCUGAAAUCUACGACGUUGGAUCUGGGAAGCUCUGUGCCAUAGGCGAGCACGAGAAGGUCAAUAUGGACCGUGAGCAAGGAGGCAAGUUGUAA